CUCUCUCUCUCUCUCUCUCUCUCUCUCUCUCUCCUUCCCUCUUCUUUUAAAUCCUUUUAGAGAGAGAAAGAUAAGCCGCUUUUACAAUUUGUUGGUGCAUUCGAGCAAAGCUUAGAGGAGGCUUUAAUGGCUUCGCCCUUCCUUCUACUGCUCACCAUUUCCCUUUCCCUUCUCCUCCUCCGCCCCGUUGCCUCUGCCCAACGCCGCCCUCCUCACCCACUCCUCACCACCACUUACUACCGCAAAUCAUGUCCUCGAUUUGAGCAGAUCGUGCAGGAGACCACCACCAACAAACAAAUCUCCUCCCCCACCACUGCAGCCGCCGCCCUCCGCCUCUUCUUCCACGAUUGCUUCGUCGGCGGCUGCGACGCCUCCGUCUUCGUCUCCUCCACCCGCUUCAGCCAAGCAGAGCGCGACGCCGACAUUAACCUCUCCCUCCCAGGUGACGGCUUCGACGUCGUCGUACGCGCCAAGACCGCCCUCGAGCUCACCUGCCCCGGCGUCGUUUCCUGCGCUGACAUCCUCGCCGUCGCCACUCGCAAUCUGGUGGUGAUGAUGGGCGGCCCAUUUUACACCGUGAAGUUGGGCCGGAAAGAUUCUCUCACCUCCCGGGCUUCCGACGUGGAAGGCAAUCUCCCGCGGCCCACAAUGUCUAUGAAUCAAAUCAUCAAAAUUUUCGAGUCGAAAGGAUUUUCCGUCCAAGAAAUGAUGGCUUUAUACGGGGCCCACACCAUCGGUUUCUCCCAUUGCAAAGAAUUCAGCUCCAUUUUAUACAACUACAGCAGGACAAUGGAAUCCGACCCGGCAUACUAUCCCGAAUUCGCGGCGUCAUUGAGGAAAGCAUGUGCAGAUUACCAGAAAAACCCAACACUAUCGGUGUUCAAUGAUGUAAUGACUCCGAAUAAGUUCGACAAUAUGUAUUACAACAACGUGAAAAAGGGAUUGGGGCUUCUGUCUUCGGACCACGCGUUGAGCUCGGAUGCGAGAACCAGAGGUUACGUGGAGCUGUAUUCCAGGGAUCAGAAUGCAUUUUUCCAGGCAUUUGCGAGAGCAAUGGAGAAGCUGAGUGUUUACGGUGUGAAGACCGGACGGAGAGGCGAGGUUAGGCGCAGGUGUGAUGCCUUUAACAACUGAAAAAUAAAAACCUGUCUUCUAGCCUUGUUUUUUUCUUGUCUUCGUUUCGAUUCUUUCUUCUUACCAUUUGUUAGCAUCAUCAUAAUUAUUAUGGUUGUGGGAAGCUGAUUAUAAUUACAUACAUUGUGAAUGCAUACGGAAUUGUUCAAGAAAUUAUAAUUAUAUUGAGGUUUUAAUAUAAUUAUGGGUAUGUAUGUUUUUUUUU